UAGUUAUUGGAUAUCCCUCCGCCCUCCGACGCACUUGUCAAACCCAUAGCUAGUUUGUAAAUACCGUCGACGACAGAUUUUCUCGGAGAUUUUUAAGACCUCCCAGCCUGUCAAAAUGAAGUUUAUGUACAAAGAAGAACAUCCCUUUGAGAAGCGACGGUCCGAGGGGGAGAAAAUCAGAAAGAAGUACCCGGACAGAGUGCCUGUGAUCGUUGAGAAAGCUCCUAAAGCCAGAAUAGGAGAUCUGGACAAGAAAAAAUAUCUUGUCCCAUCGGACCUCACAGUGGGCCAGUUCUAUUUCCUCAUUCGGAAAAGGAUCCACUUGAGGGCCGAGGAUGCCCUAUUCUUCUUUGUCAACAACGUCAUUCCUCCCACAUCAGCCACCAUGGGACUCCUCUACCAGGAGCACCAUGAAGAAGACUUUUUCCUUUACAUUGCCUACAGUGAUGAAAGUGUCUAUGGGGACAAUCUGAGAGAUGUGUAACUAACUUACUGACUCUAAAAUACCCCCCUCUAAAAUAAAAUGAUCAAUGCAUUAGGCCACACAAAGUGUACAGGUUGAAUGCACUUUCAUAUGUUUAGUCUGUUUAUGAAAUCUUGUUUGUACACUAUUGUUCCAUCCUACUUCAAUGUGCCUACCCCCUCAGUCUUGCUUUUUAGGCAGACCCGAUAACAUCCUUUUUUCCUGGUCUGGUUGGGUAAAUUAGUGGUAUUCAUAUCUGUUAAGCUUAUUCAAUGUUAAAAAGUUAUAUUCCUUUCACGUUUUCUCACUUUUUCUCUGCAUAUAUCCUGCAGCUACUUUAUGCAGUAUAUUUAUCUACUGUUAGGUUUGAUUUCAUUUUUAGCCACCACAUUUGCACAGACCAAAACCACUGAUAAUACUGGAAUAUCAUACCAUAUGUAAAAAAUGUGUGUGUGUGUAUACCAUUGCCAAUAAUUAUUAUUUUUAAAUGGGUUGGAAAUGCUGUUUAUUUUAAUAAAGUGGUUAAAAAAAAAAAAAAAAAAAA